AUGUCGUCAGAAAAACACGUCGCCAUCCUUGCCUUCCCGUUCGGCAGCCACCCUUGGCCUCUCGCCAACCUGCUCCUUAGGCUCGCCACCGUCGCCUCGGAUGUCCACUUCUCUUUCUUGAACACGGCCAAGUCCAACGGGGUCAUCUUCCCUCUACCGUCAAGAGCCGAGCUACCCAGCAACGUCCGAGUCUAUGACGUUAGCGAUGGCUUGCAGGAUGGCCACCGUGAGGCGACAAAGCAUCCGAGAGAACACGUGGAGUUGUUCCUAAAAGCGGCGCCCGAGAGUUUUGGAGCGGCUGUUGACGCUGCAGAGCAAGACGUGAAGAAGAAGGUGAGUUGUUUUCUGACUGACGCUCUCGUGAUUUUCGCAAGCGAAAUGGCAGAGAAAAUGCAAGUUCCCUGGGUAGCCCUCUGGGUCCCCGCUCCGCCUUGUUUAGCAGCGCAUGUGUACAUUGACGUCAUAAGUGAGCUCCGUCGUGAAUCCUCUGGCGAUGGCACCUCCACCGAUGACGGCAACGACGACGACAAGAGCCUCGACGUAAUUCCAGGAUUAUCUAUGAUGCGCACUUCGGAUUUACCUAAGCAGCUAAUUGAUGAUCAGGACACAUCAAGGAGCGCAUGCAUGCUGCGCGAGGUGAGCGGACCUAAAAUCCAAGUUCAAGAUGCUCCUCCAAGUAGGGUGUCUCACUGUGUCAUUCCCCCCGCCGCCACUGCCAUCGAGCUACGCCUCUGA